CCAAAACGGAAAAAAAUACAACUCCAAUAUGAAGAGCGCCAGUCGCCAGCAGCGAGCGCCAACAAUCACUGUUCAGGUUGCUGCUCUAGCAGCUCUCCUCUCCCCAAUUCCUCUUCUUUGAAUCCCCUUGCCUUGAGGUUUUAACACUUCAGAUUUUGUGCACUUCAGUGUUUUUUUUUCCCCCCUUUUUUGGGGUAGUAUGGAAGGGACCAGGCGAGGAUCGUUUAAGAAGAGACCAAACUUCCAAUUCAAGAGAAAAGGAAGCAACAAGAGAGGAAGGUGGAACAAUUCAAGUCAUGAACAAUCCUUUGGGAAUUCUCAAGUAGCUGACACUGUUUAUCGCAUACUUUGUCCAUCUAAAAAGAUUGGUGGCGUAAUUGGAAAAGGUGGUGGCAUAGUCAAAGCCCUGAGAGAAGAGACGCAGGCAAAGAUUACAGUUGCUGAUUCUGUUCCCGGGUCUGAUGAGAGAGUAAUAAUCAUCUAUAGUGCUCCUACUAAAAAUCCUAAGGAACACGAUUCUAAUGAGGAUCCUGAAAUGGAAGAAGAACAGGAUCACAUGGAGCCACAUUGCCCUGCACAGGAUGCUCUUAUGAAAGUUCAUGAAAGAAUUAUAGAGGAAGAUCUUUUUGGUGGAACAGAAUUUGAAGAUGAUAAUGAGAACACCGUUGUCACUGCACGGCUUCUUGUUCCAAACAAUAUGGUUGGAUGUCUUUUAGGCAAGCGUGGGGAUGUUAUUCAGAGAUUGCGAAGUGAGACAGGUGCAAACAUUCGCGUUCUUCCGGCAGAGCAUCUUCCCACUUGUGCUAUGAGCUCUGAUGAAUUGGUGCAGAUAUCAGGAAAACCAGCUGUGGCAAAGAAGGCCCUGUAUGAAGUUUCAACUCUGUUGCAUCAGAAUCCACGCAAGGAUAAACCUCCUUCGAGUUUUCCUAUGUCUUUUGGAGGUCAAGGUUUCCAUCCUCCUGGUGCUUCCAUGGGAAAUAUGCCGCCACCGGGAAAUCCAAUGUGGUCUAACAGGAAUUCUAAUUCCCAGGGUGUGCCACCAAUGCCAUGGAUGGGAGGAUACAGAAGCCAGCCUUCUGUUGUGCCAGGUGGUUUUGAUGGUGUUCAUGCUGGGCAUGGUGGAGAAGCUUCGGGUGAGUUUUCGAUGAAAAUUUUGUGCCCAGCUGGGAAAAUUGGUGGGGUAAUUGGCAAGGGAGGCUUCAAUGUAAAACAGUUGCAGCAGGAGACAGGAGCUAGUAUUCAUGUUGAGGAUGCGCUAGCAGAGUCAGAGGAACGCGUGAUUCGUGUUUCUUCCUUUGAGGCUCUGUGGAAUCCAAGAUCACAAACUAUUGAGGCCAUUCUUCAGCUUCAAAACAAAACAAGUGAAUACUCUGAUAAAGGUGGUAUGACUACGAGACUUCUUGUUCCAUCAAGUAAAGUUGGUUGCAUCCUUGGACAAGGAGGUCAUGUAAUCAAUGAGAUGAGAAGAAGAACCCAGGCAGACAUACGUGUUUAUUCCAAGGAAGAUAAGCCUAAGUGUGCAUCUGAUGAUGAAGAGCUUGUGCAGAUAUCAGGGAAUUUUGGUGUUGCUAAAGAUGCUUUGGCAGAGAUAGCCUCAAGACUUAGAGUUAGAUGUCUGCGAGAUGCAAAUGGUGGAGUGGAACCUGCUCCUGUUGGGCCAGUCCCUGGUUUUGGUCAUCCAGGAAAGUUACCUGGGGGACUACCUUCAUCAUCUGGUGCUUUGGGAGCUGGCAGUUCUGGUGGAUUUGAACUCUCGAAGGGUGGUGGACUUGAAUAUGAGCCUCAGAGUUAUCCAGUUCCACCAGCUGCUACAGGAUACCAUAAUGUCAACAGCUCUAUGGAGUCUAAGAUUCCAAAUAACUCAGUUAGCUCUGUUAUUGGAAUGGGAGGGGGCAAUGUUGCCAACAUGAGUGAGAUGGCUGGAGCAAGGGUGAAACUCCAAGAUCCUCAAUCCGGUGGCUCUGAAUGUGUGGUGGAGAUACGCGGGUCAUCCGAGCAUCUAACUGCUGCACAGAGUAUCCUUCAGGCCUUCAUGGCUUCCGCCGGAGCAGGUGGGCAAAACAUGAAUCCUCAACAAGGUUCCUACCAAAACAUGAGUGCUCAUCCGCAAGCCCCCUACCAAAACAUGAAUGCUCCUCCACAAGUCCCCUACCAAAGCAUGAAUGCUCCUCCCCAGCAGGCAGCUGCCUACCCCAACAUGAGCGCCCAGCAAAGCUCCUAUCAAUACUAACAGUAGAUUUGGGGAAUUUUGUACCAUUAUUGGCUACCAAGUCUUUAAUUUGAUAAUUGUGAAUGAUGGGUGUAUCAGGGUUCCAACAGAAUGCUUUAAGAGGUAAAUUUUAAGUUGUCACAUGAGUUUGUGCUUUUCUAAGUCUUUAGAACUAAAACGCCUUUGUAUGGUGUGUGCAGGGGGAACCGUGUAUUCUCACUGUACACUUAACUUAGGAAGAUGACUUCUUUUUUUUCUCAUCUGGCUACCUGUAAUAGUCUUUAGUUCACUGAAAUCUGCUUUGACACAUGAAUUAGGUUAUGGGCCCUGCGUCUCCAUCAUGAUAUUUACGUCUUGGAUUUA